GAGAGAGAGCAGAGAGAGAGAGAGAGAGAGCAGAGAGAGAGAGAGAGUGUCGUCAGGAGCAGCCUCCAGAGGGCUCUGACUGAUACGGAUCCUCUCCACAGCUCUGUACGCAGUAGCUCUUUCUGCUGUUUCCUGACGCUGGCAGGGUUGAUGAGGAUGGCGAGUGGCUUCUUCUUUUCCACAGCAUCGUCACUAGAGCAACGGUAGCAUCAGCAUCUACAGCAGCAACAGCUUCAGCCUCAGCAUCAUCAGCAGCAGCAGCAGCCGGAUCUAUACUCUGCUGCUGGUCCCUAUUCUUCAGCCGCCUCCUCUUCCGACUCCUCCUGCCUCCUCCUCCAUCCCGCCUCCUCUCUCUGGUGUCUAAGAGUGCUGCUGUCAGGGCCGUUCCGCCCACCUCCACCUCUGCCUCCUCCUGCCUACUCCUCCAGCCUGCCUCCUCCUCCAUCCCGACUCCUCCUGCCUACUCCUCCAGCCUGCCUCCUCCUCCAUCCCGCCUCCUCCUCCACAUCUCCAUCCUCCACAUGCGCUCCUUCAUUCCUUCCAUUGAGCCACGGCACUGAAUUAAUUCUUCGCCUUCUGACUGGAGCUGCUUUCUCUAGGAAGACAGUGUCAUGUGUGAUUGGCCAGCUUGCCCUCUGGCAGUAGCAUCAGCCUGGAUUCCGUGUGUGUCUCGCCCCCCUGCCUGUGCCUGGGCUCCGGCUGUCCCUGGGGAUGCGCUACUGGGAUUUACCUCUUACUGCUGGAUGGAGAUGGGCUUUCUGCCUUUUUGAAAACAAUUCACCAAAGGAGAAAUGCACAGAUACAAAGAAGGAGGAAAUAUAACGAAUCAAUCAGCAGCACAACCAGGCAGACUGCUGGAUUCCCUUAGCAACAACUCGGGGAGUGAAAGAGAGAAGUGAAUCGUUUCUUCCUAUCUUCUCUGGUGUCUGGUUUCUGGGCACACCCCUGCAGACCAGAGUGAACCAACAGUCGGAUCUGAAAGGGCAGGAUUUGGGACACUGCAUGGGCACGAAGGACACGCAAGUCACCCUAACGCCAGGGGAAGGACCCUCCUCUUCCUCCUUCUCUUUCACCUCCUCUGGUUCAUCACCAUGUUGGUUUGUCAUUCUUCCCCUGCACGUUCUAUUCAUUAGUCACAUUUUACUCGCUAAGAUGUCCGUUUAUCCUCAUUCUUGCCACCUGGACUAAGCCCUGCCACUGAACAAAAUAUUGGACAUUCUUCACACACACACACACACACACACACACACACACACACACACACACACACACACACACACACACACACACACACACACACACACACACACACACACACACACACACACACACACACACACACACACACACACACACACACACACACACACACACACACACACACACACGCACGCACAGAGAGACUCUCACCCCUCCUCCUACCUUCCUUACUCCUCUCUUUGACGAGAAAUGAACAACACAUGUCGGGCAUCAUCUGAACAUAAAAUGGAUGGGUGCAGAAGUUACUUUUGAUGUGGGCUAUUUCUUUAUUCCUUCAAGAUUAGUUUAUUCUCUCGUCACUUCUAAGAGAAAGGGAACACUGCACGGCGGAGGACACAGGAGGAAUAAGGAUUUGUUCUCCUCUCUCCCUAAAAAAGACAGAUGCCAAACUGAGGGAGUAUAUUUAGAACCCAAAGCUUGUCCCUACUGCCUAACAAUAAUGUAUACCAAGAUCAUUUAAAAAAAUGAGCAACUGCUGGGAGUUCUAUUUUUCUUUGCUUGGAUAUUCUGAUCUACAGGGGAGGCUGAACAUGAACCCCUUGUUCAGCUGGGAUGCACUCUUUUACAGUAACCUGGCUGACACCAAGUCACUGCAUCGUACCCGCUAAAUACGAUUGUAAAGGAAGUCAUGGAUGGAGGAGGGUAACGCCAGGGGGUUGAGCGCUCAGGCCAGGCAAGGUCUUUUGGCUGUCCCGGGGCUUUUAAGAUGUUGAGGUCUCCCUGCGUGGCCGGGGCCUCUGUUCGGAUCAGUAGCACUGAGGCUCCUCGCGGCCAGAGACAUGGACCCCGAAUCGGCUCCCCCCCGCCCCUGCCCUCAGCCCGCCGGCCCCUGGCCCCAAGUCGCCCUGUGAAGGAUGUCCCUCAGCAGAGCUCCGGCCCGGGACACCUCUGAGACCCCCAGCCAGACCCCCAGAGAACGCAUCCGCAGCCACAUGAAGAUGGUGAUCAACCAGCUGGACGGCAUUCUCAAAGAGCUCAAGGAUGUGGCCAAGGAACUCCGGGAGGUGGUGGGUCAGAUCGACAAGCUGACGUCAGACUUUGACUUUGACCUGGAGCCAGAUGACUGGACAGUGGCCACAGCGAGCAGCACGUCCAGCAGCGAGAGAGGCCUGGGAGAGGCCUUCAGGCUGGACUUCCUCAACCCCGACGUGCUCUCAGACAGCUGGGAGUUCUGCAGCUAUCUGGAGGCCUCCGUCGCUGCAGCAAAUGCCGCCCACAAAGCAGGGCCAACGGUGCAGCCCAAAGAUGCAGGGCUGGAGCCGGGUGCUGGGCGUGGGUGCAUCCCCACCCAGACCCAGACCCCGCCACCCACAACCGCCUCAGCCUAUUCCCAAAUGAAUGGGGGGCUGCCCAUCCCUAACGGACCUCUCAUAGUCACCCCAGACUCAUCCAGCGCCAGCGAAGAGGCUUCCAGCUCCACACACAGCCACAAGACCUCCCGCACGUCCGGCACCAGAGAGAGAGUCCGCUUCAGUGACAAGAUCCUAUAUCAUGCGUUGUGCUGUGAUGAUGACGAGGAGGAUGAAGAGGAGGGAGAUGAGGAGAAGGGCGGCUGUGCGACCCCAGACACUGACGACAGUGAGCCCAGUCCUAGUCAAGCCGGCUCGCCCACACCACCGCUCUCCUCCUCAGAGCACUCCAUCCUCCAUAACUGUCUGGACCCUUCUUAUGUCUCGUUCCCAGUGAACGUGGCAGCGGGGACUCAUACGCUGCCCAGAAAGGGUCUCCUCAAUCCCGCGAGCUGCCGGAAAAAACUGCUACGGAACAGCAGCACACAGACUGUUUCAGAUAAAAGCACCCAAACUGUACUGCCCUAUAUUCCAACCAAACAGAAAACAAAGGACCACUGAGAAACAUUAACUUUACAACGACAGAACUAAUGAAAAAGGACUGUGUACUAUUUAAUAUUAAAUGCAUAGAUCAUAGAUUAAUACACAACUAAAUACAUCCAUAUUAAUUACUAAAUAAAUACAUCAUAUGGGAAAUGACUCACCUACCUAAAGUCAUUCUGAGGCUCAGGGAAACAAAGGAUAAAGGCAGUUCCUUAAGGCAGUAACAGAGAGAAAAGUGUUAUUGACGGACCAAAAGGCUAGUGCCUGCUAAUGUUAAGAAAUGGACCGGAUGGAUUCCUUAUUUAUAAUCAUUUGCAACACUUAUUGAGAUGACUCAAGCAAUCACUUUUCUAGGAAGUUGAAAUUGUUCUGAAAUCGGAAAGUAAGUGUGAAGAGGUCCUUUCCCUCCUCGUACACCAGUAUAAAUCACGAGAAAAUAUAUUGCUUGUUCUUUAAGAUGUGGUUAAAAAACACUGCACAUUCUGUACACUGAGAAUCUGUAUAAACAUUGUCUUUUUCAUCUUCCAAUUAUUUCAAAUGUCAAGGGGGUUCCUGGUGUAACAACAGGGAGUGUAUCUAGAUGCACAAGUCAAGCCUCCUUCUCUCUUUGAUGUCAUCAUAAGUGAGUCAAGGCCCAGAAAAACAUGGUUUGACCUGCCCUCGAUUUUAUUAAUCAUUUCAAUAAUUUAUCUCUUGGUCUGCUGCUGAAACUGUAGUUGUGGAAAGCAAGAAGAAAAACAGGUAUUUUUUGUGAGAUUCUGUGCUCCAACUCCACAUUGUGACAUUUCCACUUGAUCUAUCCGUUCUUCUCUGCAAGGGAGCAAGGCUGCUAGGGGUGAGGACUUGAAUAGAAGUGCACAAAGCCAAGAUGCAAAAGGUUAUGUCUCUCCAUUCUGAAUCCCAGUAGGGAUUUGGACUCAAUAGAGCAGCAUUUUAUUCACAGGGACUAUGCCAAAAGCAGUGUUGAUCAAUAAGGCUGAUUGAGAGAGUGCUGUGAGAGGUCUCUCUGCUGAACAGGCAGACCCUGCUCCUGGGGGCCCACAACAAAAACUCACAGUUAGACCUCCAUCUAUUUCCUCUGCUAUUAGUGGCAGACAUGGACAGACGCAGCCUUCAAGAAAGAGUUUGGCAUUUAAGAAAUGUGUGCCAGGAUGUGAAAGAGUGGGUGGCAGACAGAGAGAAAGAGAGUGAUGGAGAG